CAGCCAGCCCAGCCCGGCCAGCGGCGCAGGGUCGGGCGCCGCGCCCGGGCUCGGAGACCAGCCUGCCGAUACGUUCGCGCUCCUCUCUUGUAGGGCUUGGAGGCUGUCGGCUACACUGAUGUGACCCCCCCUUUGGAAUGAUGGGGAUCUUUUUGGCGUAUGUUGGAUUUGUUUUCUUUUCCGUGUUAUAUGUACAACAAGGGCUUUCUUCUCAAGCAAAAUUUACCGAGUUUCCGCGGAACGUGACUGCGACCGAGGGGCAGAAUGUGGAGAUGUCCUGCGCUUUCCAGAGCGGCUCCGCCUCGGUGUACCUGGAGAUCCAGUGGUGGUUCCUGCGGGGGCCGGACGACCCGGAGCCUGGGCCCGCGGGGGCCAGCGCGCAGGUGGAGCUCUUGCCCGACAGGGAUCCGGACAGCGACGGAACCAAGAUCAGUACAGUGAAAGUCCAAGGCAAUGACAUCUCCCACAAGCUUCAGAUUUCCAAAGUGAGGAAAAAGGAUGAAGGCUUAUACGAGUGCAGGGUGACCGAUGCCAAUUACGGGGAGCUUCAGGAGCACAAGGCCCAGGCCUACCUGAAGGUCAAUGCCAACAACCACGCGCGCAGAAUGCAGGCCUUCGAAGCCUCGCCCAUGUGGCUGCAAGACGCGAAGCCUCGCAAGAACGUCUCCGCGGCGGUGCCCAGCAGCAUCCACAGCUCUGCCACCCAGCGAAUGCACUCCACCUCCAGCCCUCACGCGGUAGCCAAAAUCCCCAAACAAAGUCCGCAAUCAGCAAAGAGCAAAUCGCCUGUAAAAUCUACGGAGCGGACAGCAAAGUUGACCCUAAACUCCAAGCACCACCCUGCACCCACUGUACUCUAAUUAACUACACAAGGAGCGCCUGCUUCCGGAGGCAUAAACGAAGAGGCUAUCACACGCUUUGUUGAUAAUAUUUUCUUUGGCAAAUCACUGAUCUUUUAUUUCAAGAGAAUUAGUGUGGAGUGAUAGGACAUUUUCUAACAGCAAGAUCUAUUUUUUUCCUUUUCUUUCGGCGACUAAAA